AUGGCUGAGACCAGGCGACUUACGGACCUGAUCCACGGUCACGUAGGAAGUCUUACUUAUAUACCACCUGAGAAUGCGACAGCGCAUCCUGGAACUCUUCACUCCAGUCGCGUAACUGCUGAAGCACCUUACUUCAAAGUUGUUGGAUCUUCAGCAGAGUUAUACCCGCCUUCAAAAAGUCCUGCCCCAGAUAUCUCGUCCAACCUAUGGCAGGAAAGAAGAAUUCAAAAGCGAUGGCUUCUUCAGGCUCACCCUGAAGCCUUUAUGGGCAAUGCAGUACUAUCGGAACUGUUACAGGAGAAUAUGAAUCGCUACUCCAAGGUCGAGGGAGAAGUUAGCGAUCAACCAUUGCUUGCUAUCGGUCAAAUGACAAAUGUAUCGAAUCACUCAAAAAUCACUGGGUCAUCCAUGCUUGCGGCUGCUACGGGAGAGUCAGGAGAGCUGCUUAGGCUGGCUCGGAUCGAUCAAUCUAAAUGGAAAUGGGGGGACGACAAGCGCACCACUCUUCAGCCCUCUGUGAUAGACCCUGAUGAUCCCGAGGAAGAGGCCAUUUGGGCCAGCGAUGGUCUGCCAAUCUCUCAAGUCAAAUUCGCAACCAGUCUCACACGAUAUGAUGCUAUCCGCUGGCUCAUCGUUCAAAAGCAAACUUCGACCACGGUUCUUCAUCCAGAGUAUCACAAGGUUCCAGUGGCUCAAUCGUCCACUUCAGACUCCGACAUUCAUCAACCACAGCUGUCGCGAAUCGAUCCUAACCCGAUCUUGACCAUCUCCCAUCAGUCAACUGGCGGUAACGCGCAGGUAGAUGUCGCUUUCAAUCCAAAUUCCAAGGGCCUGCCACCACAGAUCGUCAUCAUCGAUGAAUGCGGAUAUUGGUCAAUAUGGGACAUCUUAGGGGGAAACAAGCUGAAAACACGACUUCUGCCUUACUCAUGUGGACAUAUCUCGGAUGGGUUGUUGAAUGAAUUGCCCUCUACGACAGAGCAUCCCGCUGAAAAGCAUGGGGUUCUAUUUGUCGGCACAGCCAAAGUGGACAGUUUCUGGGAAGAUGGUUCACAAAGUACUGAUGACUCUAGAGGAGUCGCACAACGAUCGAGUCAUCUACUGAUUUGGAACAGGGAGAAGUAUGAAGUCAUCGAUCUCGUGUCACACAUAGCUCUGCCUCGACUCUCGUUGUUGGCUCGUCCAAAGUCCAAGCCUGAUGCAAUUCUUGACAUCAGAGUCAGUCCGGCCGACCAGAAUCACAUAUUCGUCCUAACCAUGCGCACUAUUUACUGGAUUGACUUAUUUGCGAACAGCACGCUGGAGGAGGAGGUAGGUCCAAAACCGACUAUUCUGAUAUCCUGCCCUCGUUUGUUCGACAGAGAAGGAUUGCGAAUGACAACAUGCCUUACUUCAGAAGGUGGACAAGAGACUGCUAUGGUGUUCGUCUUUUCUCCGACUCAUAGACAACUUCAAACCUACUGGUUCGGACAGUCAAAGACAAGCGGUCUCCCUUAUUGGCAUCGUGACACGCUUACUCUUCCCCAAAAUGGCGGAUCGACCAGUGGCGAUAUCCAAUCACUGGAAAUCCACCCGGUCAAGCUCACGCGGGAUGGGGACGCUUCUUCUGGCCUUGGAGCCGAUUAUUACCGUGCAGGAGUUCAGUUCUACCAAGGUAGCAUCCUGAGCAAGAAUUUGGGUGUGCAAUACUGCAUCUGUGUCUCAGUCAAAGAUCGCAAUAUGCAGAUUACGUUACCUAGUGGGCGGGUUGGUCGUAACAAGUCCGACGAAGCGCAGCGCUGGAAGAAGAAACGGAAACAGUUCAUUAGACAUAUGGGCAGCACGUUUGUGCUUCCUGAGGGCAUGGCUGAUGACAACAUCAAACAUGUGGUAAAACUUAACAAUCGAUCCAAGGACCUCGACAAGUUGAAGAGCAGAGCAUCUACAGUUUUCGGUCCUAUAGGCUUGAACCUGGAUGGCUUUUGCCGUUCUCUUAAACAGACCUUGCUGGCUAUUUCAGACAGUUCUCAUGAUAUACCGCCCGCCUUACUCUCAGCUAUUCAAGAGAAUAUCACGGAGGGGGCGGCUCAAGGGAGAUUGCCCCUAAAGACUUGGAAAGAAAUCGGCGACGAGCUUGGUCCGAUGGACUCACGAAAUGGUUUUCACGAAACACAACCCGAUAUGCUUGAUUUGUUUGCAGGUGACGAUGGACACACAGUUGUGACGCAACUCGGAAGGCAGACUUCCCAGGAGUGGAUUCGAGAACUCGUCAGCUUAUCGCAUCUUAACCAAACAUACGUUGAUCUUUGGCUUGAUCCGCUAGAAGGAAGAAUACCCCAGCAAGAGGAGGAAAUAAUAAGGGGAUGGAUCGCAGAUUUAGCUAAGGAUAUGUUUCUGGCAACAGCCGGAGUUAUGGUUCAAGAUAUCCCUCUUCUAGGACCCGCAAGCCAGGAGGAAGAUGGACGAACUCAGCCAACUCAGUCGAGUGUAGUCCGAAUCAAGUCAUCGCAGUCAUCAGAAGGUGGAAUCCCUUCAUCGCCUCUCAGCGCGACACCAAACAGCGCCAAUGAUGCAGCGGUCAGGCGACUACAGCUCCUCGCACCAUCAUUGAGAUUGGACAAGAUGGAAAAUGCCAAACCGUCCAAAGUACUGUCGUACUGGCCCACUGAGCGUGGUGUUAGUACAGAUGACUACAUGUCUAGUGUUGCUAUUGCUAGCGACAGAAAGUUUGACGACGCAAGAUCACGACUGCAAAGGAUUGAAAACAAGCGCAAGGCCCAGAACGAUAAGUAUAAACUGCCGCCGUUUAUGAGAGAGGGAAGAGACCCCAAGACCAUCAAGACUUCUGUGCGAACUACAGCGGGCAAUCCCAUGUCUUCGCCGAUGCGUCCUCGGAGAGAAGAGCCCAUGGCACUACCACCGAUAUCUGUUGCUCCCACGCCCCAGACCAUGUCGAGCCAGCAGGGCAUACCUUCAUCAUCACAGAGUCAGGGACUCUUUGGGCCAUCGUUUGCUAUGAGCCAGCCUGACUAUUCAGAUCGAUCUGACACCAUGUCUCACUGCCAUGAUGAACAUUCUGGCCAUGGCCACGACCACGAGCAUGAUCACUCCGACGACAUCACACCUGCAGUGCAGUUCUCGCUCUACAGUCAGAUCAACUUUGAUCACAUUGUCACUCUGAAUGAAGCCCAACGAGAUGUUGGCCAGAAAAUCGUCAAGAAGACGUGGCAAGAGAGGCUCAGCGUUGAGCCUGAGCUGGAGAGUGACGUUGAUGAGCAGCUUCUCAUGACAGUGCCAUUCACGGCCCAAAUCAAGCUUCACUCCAUCCUCAUCCGCACAUCCCCUUCAGCCUCAGCCCCCAAAACCCUCCAUCUCUUCAUCAACCGAGAUGAUCUCGACUUUGCAGCCGCCGAGGAGUCAGACCCUAUUCAGACUCUCGAGCUCUCGCAGACAAGUGAUCUGCAAGAGAUUCCCGUGAAGAGAGCCCUGUUUGGAAAGGUGCAGCGGCUGGUGCUCUUCUUUGCGGACAACUUUGGUGACGGUGAUGAGGAUGUUACCCGUAUCUCGUACAUUGGUUUCAAGGGUGAAUGGACUCAGCUUGGACGAGCACCUGCUAAUAUCAUCUACGAGGCUGCUGCGAACCCGGGAGAUCAUAAACUUAAGGCCGGGAAUUCUCCGGGUGCUGCAAAAGCUCUCCAGUAUCUCAACCUCGCCCAAAAUCUUUCACCACUAUCAACCGAUCCGACCCAUCGCCCUCAAUAUCCAACCUACGGCGGCCCAAUUGCUCUCCUCGACAGCGUCACCGCCGCCGUCGACACGCCGCCUUUCAAAACAAUGCCUCCCCGUCUGCCAAUUCGCCUGGCCCUCCCACGGCCCUGCGCCGUCGCCGCCCGGCCUCUCCUCCUCCCGCUCACAGCUGCCCGCGGUGUCAAGUAUGGAUGGACCACGGCUCCUCCUCGCAGCAAGCACAAUCGAUUCAAUCAGCCUUCUUCCGGUCUCCCUGCGCUCACGAGUGGCCCUGCUGCUGCGCUGAAGCGUCGGGAGAAUACUACGCCUCUGCGCUCGGGUGUCCUUGCUACCAAGAAGGGCAUGACUAGUGUGUUUGUUGGAAAGACCCGUGUGCCUUGCACCGUGCUGCAACUCGAUCAGGUCCAAGUCGUCGCCAACAAGACCAGACAGAAGAACGGUUACUGGGCUGUGCAGAUUGGUGCAGGCUCGCGCGAUGGUCGAAACGUCACAAGCCCACAGCUGGGUUACUACGAGGCCAAGGGCAUUGCACCCAAGGCUGAGCUCGCAGAAUUCAAGGUCCGGAACGAGUCUGGCCUCCUGCCCGUUGGUGUUCAGAUUCUUCCCGACUGGUUCAAGAAGGGCCAGUACGUCGAUGUCAAGGGCCGAUCGCGGGGUAUGGGUUUUGCUGGUGGUAUGAAGCGCCACGGCUUCUCCGGUCAGGAAGCUUCGCACGGUAACUCCAAGAACCAUCGAACAAUCGGUACAACGGGUCCUUCGCAGGGCAGUGGUAGUCGUGUUAUGCCCGGCAAGAAGAUGCCUGGUCGUAUGGGUAACGAAUUCGUUACAGUGCAGAACCUCAAGGUCAUGAUGGUGGACAACGACUUGGGUAUUGUGCUAGUCGGUGGGCCUAUCGCCGGUCCCAAGGGUCGUGUUGUUCGUCUUCAAGACGCCAAGAAGCGAAAGGCUCCCCCUCAACCUCAUCGUGAGGCUGCUUUGGCUACUCUAUUGGAGCGCAAUCCCGAUCAUGAGGCUAAGCUCCAAGAAGCCCGCGAGAGGCAUCUUCAGCUGAAGAAUGAGAGAGAAAUGGCGCAGCUUCAAGACUAA